AUGGUUCCCUCGCUCGUCACCAUCUCCGCCUCUGAGCCCCUUGAGAAGAUCUUGGACAUCAUCGUCCGAGAUGGCGGGGUCAUCGUCUCCAACUUUCUUGAGCCUGAGCUUUUGAAGGAGUCGAUGGAUGCCAUCGAGCCAUUCUUCUCCGGCCGCAAGCUAUAUAACUCUAAAUCAACCCACGGGGAGUUCGGCGCCGACUUCUUUCCGGAGGGCUCGCAGCGUGUUUACGGUCUCUUGUCUAAGACGCCAGACCAGAUUGUCAAGAUCAUUCGCCUCCCCGUCUGGCAAGGUAUCAUGGCGCGCUUCUUGAACGGAGAGUUCGAGGCGUACACAGGCGACCAUCUGGAUCGCAAAAAGAGCGGAUACAUACUUUCAUCAACCGUGGCGAUUCGCCUUGUGCCAGGAGCCGAGUCGCAGCCGCUGCAUAGAGACGACGUCAACUACCAGACCCGCGAUGCCAACGACCCCCUCUUUACUCCCAUGGUCGGCUGUUUGAUUGCAGGAUCCAAGUGCACCUACAAGAAUGGCGCCACUGCCGUCAUCCCCGGAAGUCACCUCUGGGGCCCUGACCGCGCGCCCAAGGCCGAGGAGUGCACGUACGCGGAGAUGGAAGCUGGAUCUGCACUCUUCACUCUCGGCUCCACUUACCACGGUGCUGGGGAAAACAAGUGCGAAAAGACCGACCCCGAUGCUCUGCGGACCUUGUUUGCUGUCUUUGGCCAGCGAGAUUACUUUCGCCAGGAUCAGUAUGAGGUCCUCUCCACGCCUAUCGAGGUUGCUCGUAAAUUGCCUGACGAUAUCCUUAGGCUAGCCGGCUACUACAAGGCUGUUGGCGGUGUUGGAUAUGUGGACGAUCACCAGAGUCCUGCUGAAUACUUGCAGAAGGACGGUAAUGGCAUGGGCAAGUUUGGUACUGCUGCUACACAGGGGUCGGUCUAA